AUGCCCGUGCGCGAGCACGAGCAACCGGACCGACAGGGUUCAGAGAGCUCUGGGAAUAGCAGCUGGAUCUCACAAGAAACGGUGCGAAACAACGAAACUGCGCGUCAGGACUCAAACCAGCCUCCCGUCAACGGUCGCAAUGCCGACCCUUUCCCCGGCACCUUGAAUAUGGAUAAGUCCGAGUCUUCCAAGGCUCCGGCAAUCGACUGGGGAGCUUCCAUGUGGUCAUGGAGCUCUCCAGACAUAUCCCCCACUGAAGAACGCAAAGGUUCUGGCUUUAGUAAUCAUCGCAAGGCACUCGCGGUCCUUGGAGCCAACAAGAAUGAUCCUUCCCGAUCGUUUUCUUCGAGUCCACGACCUCCGCCUAUCAAUCCCACUCGUCCCGAUCCUGGUGAGCUCGACUCGAUUGCUCCAUGGGCUACGACUGCGGGCAGUGAGGGCCCUGGAACAUUCUUUCACGAAAACUCCGAGUAUGAAGCGUCGCCCGCAUCCGCCACCUUUCGGCCUACAACAGGACGGACAUUCGCCAGCGAACCGGCUGACCUAGACUACAAUGGAGAUCAUCGACGGCCGUCGACUGCGAGUAUGACCAGCAGUCAAGGUUCAAAGUCGAGUACUGGCCAAAAGCUCUGGAAGAAGAGACCCAAAAUUUCCGGUGAUGAAUGGCCUGUACCCGACGAUGCCGAUGAUGGUCAGCAAAAUCCCCCAAGCAAGCGAGGAGGCCCAAUCGAUAAGGUGAAAGCCAGGGAAAGAGCGAAUUCGGAUGGCUCCGAUGCAUCUCAGCGAGCCCCUCGUCCAGGUGCCGCAACGCCUAUUCCUUCAAGCGAAGUCACUCCUUGGAUGUUCCAGAAUAUCAAAGAUAUUCCGCAAUACGGCGAGGCUCCCGUACGACAAGUACCGAUCGGUCCUGACGGCCAUCGUCUCGUCUCUGCUGGCAGUAUACCACGCCCUUCGCACAGAGAUUCCAAUCGCAGAACGCCCAAUGGACACCGUCAUUCUCGAAGCAAAGAGGAGAAGCCCACUCUCGCAGGUGAUCUAGCGGGAUACCAGUCUCGUCCUGGUGGUCGUGAUGAUUUUUCUGUUGGAUUAAAACCAUUUAAUGAGGGUUAUCUGAAUUCCUCGACUGCUAUGAGUUCUGUGACCACUCUUGGGGGUCGUUCGACCAGUCCGACCCCGAGCCCUCAUGAGAAGUCUAAGCGUGAUAACUCUCCUGCCAGAAGAAGACAGGGAAGUAUCGAAGGCACCUCUAGUCCUCGCUUGGACUCAGCAGACUCCGACCGAAAGAAAGACAAUGGAAAACGCAAGUUCAACCGGCCGAGACUUGCCAAUCUCACCGGAGAGCUUCACCACCUUCCUCGAGAUGAUGCAGCCCAGGAUGAAGAGGGCCAUGUCUUCAAACUCGAUACCAAUUUCAAGGAUCUUGAUGAUAUAGUUCGCGCAGCUUCUCCCGGUCAUAUGAAGCGUGGUUUUGAUGGAACGACUACACCACGCGAAGAUCCAAACAAACCCGAGCAAUCGGGUGGCUUGGACAGUUGGCAUGCGCCUGAUAGUUGGCAUGUCAAGAAGCACAACGAUCCACUCUUGGAGGCUGCUGAGAGUGGACCUCCAGUUCCCAGUGGGAUGAGGGGUCGCGAUGAAGCGUCGUACUUCAUUCGUGUUUUCCGUAUCGAUUUAACAUUUGCUACCCUUUCAGCUGGUCUGAACGCAACUGUCGCUGAGAUCCUUUACAUGCUUGGUCGGAAGUCUUUCUUGCAGGAUCACCUAAAUAACUAUGAGAUUGUGCUCCGGAAAAAUGAUUUGUCGCGACAGCUUGAUCACAAAGAGCGGCCAAUCCUCAUGCAGAAACAACUUCUUGAACAGGUUGGCUAUACCGAUAAGGACCGAAUUGAGGAUAUUGGCCGUGAAGAUCACAGUUAUCUCUGUCGAUUCAUCUUCUUGCCGACUAAGCUCAGCGGUUAUACCAGCCUGGAAGCUGAUCCAGGAUUCAACAAGAUGCAGAAAUUCAGCCAUGUCGAUCUUCAGGGCCGAAGUCUUGUCACAAUUCCAAUCACGCUGUAUAAGAAGUCUUCGGAGAUUAUCGCCUUGAAUUUAUCCCGAAAUUUGUCUUUGGACGUACCGAAGGACUUCAUUCAGAGCUGCAUCAACUUACGAGAGAUCAAGUUCAUUGGCAACGAGGCCUUGCAGCUUCCUGCAAGUUUCAGUCUGGCCAGCCGCUUGACUUACCUGGAUGUGUCCAACAAUGUCCUAGAAGACCUAGACCAUGCACAGCUUGAUCGUUUGGCUGGACUAGUGAGCAUCAAGAUGGCAAACAACCGAUUGACCAAGCUGCCCAGCUCAUUUGGAAAUUUCCUCUCGCUGCGAAGCUUAAACAUGUCGUCGAACAACUUCAAGGUCUUCCCGGAAUUCUUGUGCAAUUUAAGAAGCUUGACCGACCUUGAUAUCAGCUUCAAUAGUAUCGAAGAGCUGCCGAAUAUUGGACAACUAACUACACUCGAACGCCUCUGGAUGACGAACAACAACAUAAGUGGGUCCCUGGACGAGUCUUUCCGAGAUCUCGUAAACCUGAAGGAGAUCGACGGACGCUUUAACGCGAUAACCAACAUUGAUAAUCUUUCUCGCCUCCCACGAUUGGAGCAGCUCUACUUUGGUCACAAUCUCAUUUCAAGGUUUAAGGGAGCUUUCCCAAAAUUGCGCAGUCUGCACUUGGACCACUGUCCCCUGACACAGUUCGACAUUGAUACUCCAGUGCCCACCCUUUCCUCUCUCAAUCUUGCAUCCGCAAAGCUGUCACAGUUCCGUGAUGCUAUGUUUGAAAACUUACCCAAUGUCUCCAAACUUAUCCUUGAUAAGAAUCACCUCUCCUCGAUUUCGCCGCAGAUCGGCAAAAUGCGCCGGCUGGAGCACUUCAGUAUUAUUAAGAAUCCUUUAUCAUCGUUACCUAGCUCAGUUGGUUGCUUGGUGGAACUUAAAGAGUUCAACUUACGCGAAUGCAAUCUCAAGGCCUUGCCAGCCGAGAUCUGGCAUUGUUCGAAGCUGGAGACCUUGAACGUUUCCGCCAAUCUUCUAGCGACCUUUCCGAAGCAUGGUGCCCCACAACCCCCUGUCCCGGGCGAGCCGACUACCACGCCUGUCACAACCCCUGGUAUUUCUGGAAACCCUAGCUACGAAGAGCUGGGUCCUCUAGAUGAGAUAAAUUUCCGGCGGCCUAGUCAGACCUCUGGCGGCGCCUUGGGAUCAGGCUCUUCACCAAGUGGCUCAUACCGGAAUCCGUCAUCCACCCCAUCCAUCGGGCAACAAGGUGGUAGAAAGGUAUCUACUGCUUCACGAUCCGCAGGUACCGAAGGAAGCUCGUCUUCUCGAAAGGAUUCGAACUUCUCGCAGCACGCAGCAUUGCUGACAUUUGCGGGAUCUCUUCGAAACUUGUACCUGGCGGAUAACCAGUUAGAUGACGAUAUAUUCCGCGAGUUGGCCCGCCUUCCAGAGCUGCGAGUUCUCAAUCUCUCGUACAAUGAGUUGACCGAGUUGCCUCAGGGUGUUCUCAAACGAUGGCCCUAUAUCUCUGAACUCUAUUUGUCCGGUAACGAGUUAACGUCCUUGCCCUCUGAUGACCUGGAAGAGCAAAGCAAUCUCAAGGUUCUGCAUAUCAACGCGAAUAGGUUCCAAGUUCUACCGGCAGAGCUGUGCAAGGUCACUAAGCUCACCAUUCUUGAUGUGGGAAGCAAUGCUUUGAAGUACAACGUUUCCAAUUGGCCAUAUGACUGGAACUGGAAUUGGAAUCGCAGUUUGAAGUAUCUGAAUUUCUCGGGCAACAAGCGUCUUGAGAUUAAACCAAACAUUGCGUCGCUAGGCCCGCCUGCCACCAAUGGUGCUGACCUGACUGACUUUACAUCCCUCACUCAUUUACGAGUUCUGGGAUUAAUGGAUGUGACACUGACGAUCCCUACUAUUCCUGAUGAGAACGAGGAUCGCCGUGUGAGAACAUCAGCUUCGCUUGCUGGUUCUCUUGCUUAUGGCAUGGCCGAUUCUCUCGGUCGCACCGAGCACUUGUCUAUCAUCGACAUGAUUGUCCCUCGUUUGAAGCCAGACAAUGUGGAGACCUUGGUAGGCAUGUUUGAUGGCUCGACUAUGUCCAGUGGCGGCUCUCGGGUCGCCAAGUAUCUGCACGAGCAUUUUACCUCAACCUUUUCUCACGAACUGAAGAGGCUUCAGCCAGAUCAACAGGAAACUCCUCUUGAUGCGCUACGGCGUGCAUUCUUGGCAUUGAACAAAAACAUGGCCGGGUCAGCGUACAGAUCAAUUGAUGACCGUGAGGUUCGUCAGUACCAACGCAAGCCAUCUGCCUCCAAGCAACUCAACCAAGAUGAUAUUCAUUCCGGUGGAGUUGCCACGGUCCUUUAUCUGAACAAUAUGGAUCUGUAUGCUGCGAAUGUGGGUGAUGCACAGGCGAUUCUUGUCAAAUCUGAUGGGUCGUUCCGUCAGUUGACACGAAAUCACGAUCCCGCCGAAGCUAACGAACGAGCACGUAUUCGUUCCGCUGGGGGAUUUGUUUCUCGCAAUGGCAAGCUCAACGAUGUGCUCACGGUAUCGAGGUGCUUUGGCCAUUUCCCCAUGAUGCCUGCUGUCAUCGCCGCCCCGUCUACCAUGCAUACUACCUUGACUGAGCAAGAUGAGAUGGUCAUCCUAGCUUCAAAGGAACUGUGGGAAUAUGUGGCUCCUGAAUUGGUCGUCGAUGUCACCAGAGACGUCUACCCUGACUUGAUGCUCGCAGCUCAAAAGCUCCGAGAUCUGGCCAUUUCGUUUGGAGCAACCAAUAAGCUAAUGGUCAUGAUUCUGGGUGUGAGUGAGCUCCAAAGGCGACAGAAGAAGUGGUCUCGUCCUAGCAUGAAUCUUGAGCGCUCUGCAUUUCCCGAAGAGCAAAUCGUUCCCAAGACCAAAAUCCGGCGUAAGCCUAGGGACAUGCCAGGAGAUUCUCGACUUGCUCGAUUUGAUUAUGUGGAUGCCCCAGUCGGCGAGCUAGCGAUCAUCUUCACCGAUAUUAAAAAGUCAACUGGUCUCUGGGAGACUUGUCCAGAUGCAAUGCGCUCUGCUAUCGCCAUGCACAACGACAUUCUGCGACGACAACUUGGAAUUGUUGGUGGGUAUGAGGUCAAGACUGAAGGCGAUGCCUUCAUGGUCGCAUUUUCUACUACGACUGCCGCUUUGCUGUGGUGUUUUAAUUGCCAGAACAAUCUUCUCGAAGCUGAAUGGCCCACAGAAAUUCUCGAUCAGCCACAAUGCCAGGUCGUCCCUGACAUGGAGGGCAAUAUAAUUUUCCGCGGCCUAUCAGUCCGCAUGGGUGGACAUUGGGGUGAACCAGUGUGCGAGAAAGACCCCGUCACCAACCGUAUGGAUUACUUCGGACCUAUGGUCAAUCGAGCCUCCCGAAUCUCGGCUGUUGCAGACGGUGGUCAGAUCUUUGUGUCUUCUGACUUCAUGACUGACAUUCAGCGCAACCUGGAGAUCUUCGCUGAUAGCGAGCGCUCUGCGUCGACGAGUUCAUCUGACAGCCACCCACGUGUCGACAGCCUUGGGCACAACAUUCGUCGUGAACUAAAUCAGCUCAAUAGCCAAGGCUUCGUGAUCAAGGACCAGGGUGAACGAAAAUUGAAGGGACUCGAAAAUCCAGAGCCCCUCUACCUCGUCUAUCCCCACGCCCUUGCUGGUCGCCUGGCAGCCUCAGAAGAAGUUCGAGAAUCAGAAGGCAAGGGGCCUGCUAUCAUCUCGUCUCAGUCCGAGUUAGACCUGAAGACAGAUUGGAUUUGGCGCUUGUGGGAAGUCACUCUCCGUCUCGAACGCAUUUGCAGCGCUUUGGAGAACCCAGGCCAAGCCCAGCUUCGAGAACCAAAUGUUGCUCUCUUCAACAUGGUUAAGAACCACGGAGGCGAACUGAAUGAUUCGACCGUGAUCAGCUUGGUCGACCAGCAGGUCACCCGUAUCGAGUCAAAUGUCAACACACUUUCCCUGCGAAACAUGAUGCACCCAUUCAAGCCGGGCGAUAAACUUGAAGACCACGCCGUUCCCAUUGGCGAAGUUAUCCAGCAAUUGCAGACACAGAUGGCUGAAUACCGCGCGCUCAAGGAGCAGAUGGCCGUCGGUGCUGCAGGCAUCCCCGACGGAUCACCGGCCCAAUAUGGCGCCAUUCCUAUGCACUCAAACCUUAGUGUCGAUAGCAACACCACCUCCACCUCAUCCUCCUUUCUUCAUCUAUCAGGCUCUGCCGACACCCCUCGCUCCUCCGAUCUUCAACGCAACCACCGUUGA